AUGAUCGACGGUGUGACUUUUAUAAAGACACCUGCUGCAAAACCACAACCACCAGCAUCAGAUGAAUGUGGAGUAUGGACCACUGAUUCACCAACCAUUCAUAAUGCUCCUUUGCCUGCUGAUGGACCAGGCUCAACUUCAUUUUCGAACUGGACUUUGUUGAGUAUCAUGAGUUUAGUGCCAGGUUUCAUUACUUAUAAACUUGGGUUGGGAUUCAAGACUUGGGUCUUCUUUUUCAUUUUAUUUGCCCUUCCUAUUUUGAUGGCUUUUUGGACUGUUAUGUCUACAAUCUCACCAAGAAUCAAUGACAAAGUCAAGUACCCAAAUAGACCAAUUUCUUACUACUUGGAAUACCACACUCCUGAAUUGAAAGCUAAGUAUCAAAGCUCAAACAAUGGCCAAGGUACCAAGAUUCCUAUUGAAACAUUUCAAGAAUUGUUUUUCGAUGGCAAGGUUUCAUUCAAGGGUGAUGCUUUAGAUGUUAUGGAAUAUAAACACGAAUGGGCCAAUUUCAGGUUCACUUGGGGAUUGUUCAAGUUUUUCUUAUUUGGUAUGAUUCCAGAGGUGAUUUUCCAUUCCCAAUCACAGGAUGAAGAGCAAGUUGGAGAAAACUAUGACCGUGGAAAUGAUUUCUAUUCGUGGUUUUUGGGUCCAAGAAUGGUUUAUACUUCUGGUGUGAUUAGUGACAUCACCAGAGAGGAAACAUUGGAGGAAUUGCAAGAUAACAAAUUGAAGAUCAUGGCCGAAAAGAUUGAUUUGCGUAAAGGCGAUUACGUCUUGGAUAUUGGAUGUGGUUGGGGAGCAUGGGCCAACUAUGCUUCGACUCAAUACGAUGCUAAAGUUACUGGUAUCACCUUGGCCAAGAAUCAGGUUGAAUGGGGUAACCAAUGGUUGAAGGAUAAUGGCGUACCAAGAGAGCAAUCGGAAAUUAUCUGUUGUGACUACCGUGAUGCACCAAAAUCAGGCAAGCCAAAUGGUAAAUGGGACAAGAUCACUUCAGUGGAAAUGGCUGAGCACGUUGGUAUUAGAAGAUUGACUGCUUACUUAGAACAAUGUAGAGAUGCCUUGGAAGAUGACGGAUUGUUCUUUUUGCAAUACUCUGGAUUGAGAAAGAAUUGGCAAUACGAAGAUUUGGAAUGGGGAUUGUUUAUGAAUAAAUAUAUCUUCCCCGGUGCUGAUGCUUCUACACCUUUAAGUUUUGUUGCUAGUUGUUUUGAAUCGGUUGGAUUUGAGAUUGUUAGCGUUGACAACAUUGGUGUUCAUUACUCAGCUACUAUUUGGAGAUGGUACAGAAACUGGAUUGGAAACAAGGACAAGGUUGUCAACAAGUACGGUAUCAAAUGGUACAGAAUCUGGGAGUUUUUCUUGUCGAGUUCUGUUGUUGCUAGUAGAAACGGUACUGCAACUUGUUAUCAAUUUGUCUUGAGAAAGAACAUCAACUCUUAUAGAAGAAUUGAGUAUGUGCCAAAACAACAAGGUCUUCAAGGUGCUAUCAAUGGCAGCAGCAAGUGGACUAAAGAGUUUACCAAUUGGCAUUAA